AUGAAGACGGUGGAUGCAUCGAUGCCUCGGGUGGCGGUGGCGGUCGUGGUGCUGGUCGCACUGCUGGUCGGGCAGAGCUGGGCCUCGUGCUCGGCGGGCACGUCGCAGCUCGGCGGGGCAGCUCCGAGCGCCACCCAGCAGACCCUGGCCCAGGGCUUCCGCGUGAACAGCCCCAUCCUCCUAUCCGGCUUCACCCCGCGGCUCGUCUCAACUCUCGGCACGGGCUCGAUCACCACGGCGCAGAUAUACUUUGAUGCCGGUGCGGAGGGACAGACGACGGGCACCCAGCCGGGCGAGGUGGUCGCCUCGGGCCACUUCACCGUGUCGGGCGUCAGCUUCGACGAGGGCUCCACGGCCACGCAAACGUUGCCGGCGGGGGGCGGCGGCAGCGGCUACAUCGCGCUCGAGCCCGGCCUGUACUGGCUCGUGCUGCAGGUGCCCUCCACGCUGGCCUGGACCCACGGCAGCACGCCGGAGCAGUCCAGCGCCGAGCCGGUGGUCUUUGCUGGCCUCCUGCAGCAGACAUCGGCCGGCGGCUGGGCCGACGCCGCCUUUGGGGAGAGCCUCGCCGCCACCAGCGCCUAUGUCUCCUUCACCGGCUGCCUCGCGCCGUCGCCUUCGCCUCGCCGUCGCCCUCAUCAUCGCCUUCGUCGUCGCCGCCGCGCUGGGCCAGUCGCCGACAACGUCGCCGUCGCCGUCGUCAUCAUCUUCGCCUUUGCCAUCGGUCUACGUUCCUCCGCUGGGCCAGUCGCCGUCGCCUUCGCCAUCGCCGAGCCCUUCGUCUACGGGCCACGCGGACACCUCCCCUACCCCCUCGGCCAGCGCGUCGGCUUCGGCGGCGCCGUCGGCUGCGGCCUCGUCGCCGCCGUGGUCCCGCUCGGCGUCAACGUGACCGCCAGCUUUGACCUCAAGAAGCCGGGCGUUAGCCUGCUGGCCCUCGGGCUGGCCGGUGUUAAUCUGACCUUCGUCGCCGUCGAGCUCGGCAACGCCACAGUGCCCCUCGGAGAUUACGAGGUGAGCAAUCGUACAGAGACGGACACGAACGGAGCCGAGCUCACGAGCUACGUGUACAAGGCCGCCGCGGCGGACGAUUCGACAGAAGUCGCCCAGGGCUACACCUUCCACGACCGCGCCGCCACGGGCCAAUUCGAGGGCAUCGUCUUCGAUAUCGACCCCAUGUCGUUCAAGUGGACGGCCAACCUCACCGCCCUUGGGGCCCCCGGCGCGGCCCUCGGGCCGUUCGUCCUGCGCUACACCAUUUCGGGCACCGCCGCCUCGCCGGACCCGCUCGAGGGCGACGUCACGGUGCAGCUCGACACGCCGCAGAGCGACAUCACCACCUACGUGCUGCCCUUGACCACCACGAUCACCGCGAAUGCCACCACCACGACCACGAAGACGGUCGUGGCGCAGGUGCAGCUGUUCGAUCGGGCCAUGGUCGACGGCGCGUGGGCGGCGGUCACGCACUCGGUCGUGCGUACGUCGGCGCCGGGCGCGGCGCGGCCGGUCUACGUGAUGGAGCUGCGGCUGCCGGCCUACACGCAGUCGCUGCACUACGAUCCGUCGCUCAACUUGGGCGCGCUGCUGGGCGCCUCGGAUCGUGAUGGUGGAAUUGGAAGCGACGGCGAUGGCGGCGACAACAUGGGCCUCAUCAUCGGGGUGGCCGUGGCGAUACCGCUCGCUGUGGUGUUUGUCGUCGCCGCCAUCGCCGCGGUGGUGACCUUCACGUGGCAUCGCAAGCGGAGGGCGCGAAAGGCCAACCUGAAGCGACGAAGCGUGAUCAACUUCCACGACCUUUAA